CAGCAAACAGCCUACCCAGGUGUCGUCUGCUUGUCCGGCCAAUCCAGUCCACGGUGACUGCUGAGACACUGAUCCGCCGCCAGCCGAGCCAGCCCGCCCGGCCGCCCAGAGCCACCGCCGGACCGCCCUGACGCCCGCUGCCUGCCUGCCUGCCCUCCCACCGCCCGGCGGCUGCUGCCCGCGCAGGCGCGUACUACUGCGCAGCAGUACGCGGAGCCUCCCUCCCUGCUAACCGAACUGCCGGAGCCGCCCAAUCCGCUCAGGUGUUGUGCCCGUCUCCUCCCUAUAGAGAUCUGAAUUUGUCCAGGCCCGGCAGCUCCUCUAGCCUUCGCCCUCCUUGGGAUUCGCUAGAGUCUGGAAGCUGGAGGCGUGCAGCAGCCCCGAUCUCAGUUUAUCCAGAGACUGAAGUCAGGCCGAAUAGAUUAUUCAGGACCAAUGGAAGAGGAAGGCUAUAGCACCGAAUCAUCCAAUGAAGGAGACGUGCAAGAAGAUGGUGACAAGGAGAAAACCCUUGCUGAGGGCGAUGUCUUGAAGCCGGUUGAUAUGGAUCCAGAAUGGAUACCUAAAGUAGGGAUGGUAUUCGACUCAGAGGAAGACGCCUUUCAGUUCUAUGUCGCAUAUGGGCGCCGCUUUGGUUUUGGUAUCACAAGGAGAUCUAACAACACCUUUGAUGGUUUCCGCUAUCGCUCUACCUUCAUAUGCUCUAAAGGAGGGCAAUCUAGGCUGAGAUCUGGUGUCACAAGGCCUGCAAGAAAGCGAGGCACAAAGACUGGCUGCAAGGCUAAGAUCAUUGUCAAGGACGCCCAUUUUCAGAAUCGCUGGGAAGUUAUUGUUCUCGAGUUGGAGCAUAACCAUCCACUGGAUCCCGGUUCGAUUAAAUAUAAGAAGCAUUUAGAGAGCAUCCCUUUCUCUCUAAAUCCACCUCGUUUGUCUGAGGCGCCACAGAGUAGCUCAGUUGUUGGACAUUCUAGUAGUUUUGGAGAUAGUGGCAUACCUUCGUCUGCCCAGAUUGAAAUCAAGACCAAGAUAGACAGAAAUAGGAAACUGAAGCUUGCUGAAGGAGAUUUAGAGGCAUUAGUGAGUUUUUUCAACGACAUGCAAGACCGAAACCCGUGUUUCUUUCACAGUUUGGACAUGAAUGAGCAAGGACAGCUAAGGAAUGUCUUCUGGGCCGAUGCCAAAUCACGUAGUUCUUACAAUUACUUUGGUGAUGUGGUUGCUAUUAAUGUCACAAACUUCAGUGAUCAGUAUGAUAUACAGUUUGUGUCAUUUGUGGGCACUAACCACCACGCUCAACCACUGUUACUAGGGUGUGGUUUGCUUGCUGGUAGAUCUCUUGGAGCUUACGUGUGGCUUUUUGAUAAAUGGUUAAGAUGCAUGAAUGCCACGCCACCACCUUCAAUAAUUACCAACUAUUGUCAUGAUGUUGCAAUAGCUGUUAAAAAGGUUUUCCCCAAUUCACGGCACCGCUUUUGCCUUUGGCACAUUUUAAAUGAGCUUCCUGAGAAGUUGGCCGGAAUGGAAAAGAAGGAUGAAGUGAUUUCUACUUUCAGCACAUUGGCCUAUGACUCAGUUACUACUCUUGAUUUUGACAAAGAGUGGCAAGAAAUGGCACAUCAAUUUCAGUUGGAGGGAAAUGAAUGGCUGUCCAAAUUAUACGAGGUCAGGGCGCAGUGGGCUCCUGCUUAUGUGAAGGAUUUUUUUUGGGCGGGAAUGUCCGUCACAGACAGAAGUGACAGUGCAACCGACUAUUUUGAUGGGUGGUUGACGUCUGGUACGUCUGUGAAAAUGUUUGUUGAGCAGUAUGAGGCAGCUGUUAGAACUAAGUUAGAAAAGGAAACCUAUGAGGAUUUGCAAUCGUCUCAGAUGAGGCCACACUUGAUGACUGGAUUGCCUGUUGAGGAGCAAGCAGCAAAGAUGUACACAAUGGAGAUAUUUCAAACUUUCUUGAAUGAAUUAGGGCGUUCAUUUCACUGCAACUAUAGUAUACUUGAUCGGAGUGAUUCAGUAGUUACAUACAUAGUAUCAGAGCAUGUAAAUCAAACAAAGGUGGACUACAAAGUUGCUUAUGACAAUGCUGAAGAUGAUAUAUGGUGCUUCUGCCGCUUGUUUCAAUUUAAAGGUAUAUUGUGCAGACAUGCUCUCACUGUACUGAGGCAGGAGCUUGUACCGAUGAUUCCAUCAAAAUACAUCAUUCAUCGCUGGUGCAAGGAUUGUAAACUAACUUGUUCUUCCAUGUCCCGGGACGUCUCAUUAAGUACUCAGGAAUUGGGAGGUUAUGAUGAUCUCUACAAACUAGGCCACCAAUACUUUGCAGAAGUUGUGGAACUGGGUUCUGUGAACUCAGAAUCAAAAGAUUAUGCUUUGUCAGUCAUGAGGGAGAUCAGGGAUAAAGUGAUUUCUUAUGAGAAGUCAUUGAGAGAUCAAAGGGUUGACAGCCAAGUUUCAACUGCCAACUUUGCAUAUAAUCCAGUGAAUGAGGAUUUCACUGAUGAUGCAUUACCCAUUUCUCUUAGUACGAAGGGCUGGGAUCUCAUUCAAGGUCAGUCAAAACGUUCUCGCAAGAAGAAACUGACGACACCAACAGUUCUUGAUACCCUGAAAAAGAAAACUAAAAGGGCCUAUAACAAGAGGAGGAAUGCCACUGCGAACAACCUAUGCACAACGGUCACCGCAACUGACAGCAUAACAGAAAGCGCAAAUGUUCAGGAAGAUCAAGUAAAUGAGGGAUGGCCAUUAACAUCUAGUGGUGCACCAGAUACCUUCCCAUACGGAGUGGAGACCAUAUCUUUCGAUUUGACACAAUACAACAAUGCGCCAAGCUUCCAUUGGCCUGAAAGCAGCAGCAGAUCUCAGCUUCAGUGAAAGGAGGCAACACUUAGUUAUGCGUUCAUUCGAGUAGCCUGUGUUCUAACAUGAUCACAUGCCGGGCAGAGUAAGUGUUGAUAGUUCAGGCCCGACCUUGUUUGCUCUGCUACUAGGAAGUUAGUGGCCGUCCGAACAAAGGUGAAAAAAUUCCCAAACAUGGCAGAAACCAGUAAAACUACCACCGACUUCUAACCAACUUGGUCUAAAUUGGUUUGGCUAAUAUGGGAUGCCCCUGAUUGUCACCUCCAUGUAAUGGCCCAGCUGUACAUAUUCAUUUCUGUUUUUUCGCGUCCUUAGAUAUUUGAUGUUCCAUUACUUAGGUUUACUUGAAUCAUGUUAGGUAUAUCUUGAAUAAUUCGACCUGAUGUUAUCCUGUGUACCAUUCAUGGAGUGCACUGUUGUGUAUGAUUUGUUCGGUAAAAAACAUUUGUUUGGCAGUUA